AUGGCGUCUGCUAUUGAUGUUGACCAUGCGGCCAACAUCUAUUCGCUACUACAGGCAUUGGAGCACCUAGAGCAAGCCUUCGUAUCCGGCGAUGCCACCAACGAGGAAUACACGCAGGAGUGCACGGAGCUGCUGUCUCUGUGCCAUAUACUCGAAGAAGCGACACCGAACGUGUUCACCGACUUCGCCGCUAAACACAACUUGAAGUGUCCACUGGCGAUGAACCGGCUGAAGAAAGGUACUCCAGGCACCUGCGCCACGAGUCAGCCCAAGGCGCCAACACGCAGUGAGACAUACAUCAUGUUCGAGCUGAGUGAACACUUCAUCACGCUACUCGACGCCCUGAAGCUGGGUAGCACGCAUGUAGAGGAGGUGAGUUGCAACAUCAUACCCGGCAAUGACAUUCGCGCAGCUGUUUCCGCUACUGCACGAGCUCGUUACAUGUCUGGAUUAUGUUCGGGCGUUGGACGAAAAGUCGUCCAACAGUGUGAACGUCGUGCCGCACCUGGACAAGUUGCGGGUGUGGCGUUCGCGGCUGGAGGACUUGCCCGCGCACCACGGACUAGAAGCUAA